AUGGGUAGUAUUCAGUCAGAACCAAAGCGACCUGCAUUCGACCAGUUGCCCUGUCGAAGCUGUGAUCCAAAAUACUCAGCUUGGGGUCUCUGGGGCGCCAAUGAUGAGUUGGGAACGCUGAAUCUACUCACGCCCGCCAUUGUCAAAGAUGCCGCGAAAGAGAUCAUCACCGGUGAGCAGAUUACUCUAAGCUUAUCCAUUGACGCCUUUUCGCAACCCAUGAAUCCAGUGAGGAAACCAUGCAGCCAUAGAAUCAUUGCCAAGGGUCAUGCCAAUGAUGAUGAGCUCGACAUGAACACCCAGGGCUCUAGUCACUGGGAUGGCUUGCGGCAUUAUCCAUACCAAGACAGCCUAUUGUACUACAAUGGAGUAACUCAAGACGACAUCUCGGGAGUUGCGGCAAAUACCAAAAUCGGUAUUCAAAAUGUUGCAAGGCGAGGUAUUGUUGGACGAGGAGUCUUGCUCGACUGGGCUUCAUACGCCGCCGACAAAGGUAUCGAUACACAGUCUCCAUUCGACUCUUUCGAAAUUACCCUCCCACAAUUACAAGAAGUCGCGACAAAUCAAGCAGUCACUUUUCACACCGGUGAUAUUCUUCUCAUCCGCACAGGCUGGCUCAAGGCAUAUCGGAGUUUAAGCCAAGAGAGCCAAGCAGCACUACCUCGCCGUAAGGUGCGAACAUCCUGUGGUGUCCAGGCUUCAGAGGAGAUGAUACAAUGGCACUGGGAGAACCAAUUCGCUGCUGUUGCAAGUGACACUGUGGCUUACGAAGCUUGGCCUAGUCGACGACCAGCUGGUGUCGCUCUCCACGAGGUCUUUCUCAGUGGUUGGGGUAUGCCCAUUGGCGAGAGCUUUGAUCUGGAGGCCUUGGCAGAGAAGUGCAAGGAACAAGGCCGUUGGUCAUUCUUCAUGACAAGUGUUCCUCUUGACAUUCCUGGGGGUAUUGCAAGCCCUCCAAAUUGUAUAGCGAUUAUGUAA